AUAUUUUCGUUUUUCGACUUAAAUUUAUUUCCGAAACUACGAACUACAAACACACAAAAAAUCAUCAAAAAUUCGCCGUAAAACAUGUUAAAUUAGCUCGGAAUCAUCUGGAUUAGCAUGGAUGUUCAAUAAGUCGGUGAAGUUUUGAAAAAUAAGAACAGACAUCAUCACUUUUUUAAAAUGUUCAAAUUGGAAUCGUACAUUACUCCAAUUAUUCUAAAUCAUGUUGCCAAGUAUGUGAAAAAUAUUCGUCCUGAAGACUCGCAGGUUUCCCUGUGGGAGGGUGAAGUCGCCUUUCAGAACCUUGAUCUACGAUUGGACGUUCUUGAGGAAGAACUUAAUCUUCCCUUCGAGUUCCUCUCGGGUCAUGUCCACGAACUAUCGAUUCUGGUGCCAUGGACGAAAAUAACUUCGGAACCAAUCAAAAUCACCAUCAACACCAUCGAGUUCGUUCUCAAACUGAAGGAUUCCAAUCCUGACACAGCAAAUGCAUCGCCCAGAAAGUCAGAGCAGAAGAAGCGAAUAUCCAAGGUCGACGAUGGCACCCAACAGCAACAAGGAUACAUGCCUGGAUUGGUUAACAAAAUCAUAAAUAACAUCGUUAUCAAUUGUCAUAAUAUCAUCCUCAAGUAUGUGGAGGAGGACAUUGUGGUUUCGAUGAACAUUCAGCUGUUGUCGUUCAGUUCGGCCGAUGAGGCAUGGAAGCCGGCCUUCACUGACAUUCAUCCCUUGAGAGUGUUUAUGCGGAAGCUCAUCCAAGUCUCUGACUUAACCAUUUGCUUGGAUAAACGCAAUGCAGCUGGACAGAUCGAUGUCUGCCAAGAACCUAUUUUAUAUCGAUGUUCAUUGGAAAUGCGAAUCGUUCGCAAAUACAACAUUAACACCUUCCACCUGGGCAGUAUAACGAGAAUAGCAAUUUUUACCAAGCUUAUGGAAAUGAAUGUGUCUUCGCUGCAAUUUCCAAUGGCAAUGCGAUUAUUCAAACUUCUGCUGGCUCUUAAAAGUGGCGAAUUGAAAUCAAAGUCCACAACCAAUGUCCUUGAUGAUGAGAACGAUCCACAAGAAGGAGCCAUAUCAGCAUCUAAUUCCUACCUUAACUGGGCUUGGAAUCUAAUUCCUAGCUUCGGGUUAACUGAAACCGAGGAAGAAGAAACCGUCGAGGAGGAAAUCACCGGUCAGCUACUGGACAUUGGAAUCUAUGUUGAGGCUCUAAAUUUCACCCUCAAGAGUUCUGAGUUUAUCACCGACUCAAUUGUUGGAGCAACUAAGAAAAUCCGCUACUCGCCAAUUGUGAAGGUUAUUCUUGGUGGAAUAUAUUCCGAAACUGUUAUAAUUUCCGACAAAAACUGGUCAAACACAAAGUCCGGCUGUUCGAGUAUUGCUAUUGAGCCACUCGAUAGCUACAAAGAUGAGGACACGGAUAUGAUUGCGUUGGUGACGUCGUCGUCUCCAUUGACUUCGAGGGCUUUUCUCGAUCGGAGUCUCUUUGAUAGUAACUUUGUUGAGAAGGACUGGAGUAUAGCGACCAUUGAAGAGUACAAUGCUCGAGUUACGGAGGAAUAUCUUCUCUACCGCAGUCCAGCCAUGGCCUUUGAUCUAGUGCAAUACAAAGAGGAGACAGAUGAUGAAGCCAGCACUUCCAAGUCGGAGGAUAGUAAAAUCAGAAGUGUUUACAGAAUGCUUGCAUCGUCUAUGACCCUGCGACACAACCAAACCUAUUGUCGCAUUGCAGCUGUCUUGCAGGAGCUCAUAGCAGCCUAUGACUACCCACCAUACCUCGAUGAUAAAACUGACGCAAAUGCCGGCUCGCCAAAGCUUCACCCACCACUUUUAGAGGACUAUGAUUCUCUGAUGACUGGGAUUCCUCUACGAAUUUAUAAAUUCAACCUUAGUGCAAUAAAUGUAGAGUUCCAUCCAAAAACCGAACCCCUUAACAUGAAGUCAACAAAGAAACUUCCACUAGCCCUGCGGAAAAAUCUACCGUUUUUAAAGCUUUCUUUCGAAAACGUCGAAGGGCAAUGGGCAACUCCUCUCGAUCCCGACAAGCUUGUCCACACAACAUGUCAACUGCCAGAUAAACCAAUCGAACUUCUAAAUGCCUGCUAUGCAAAUGCACAAUUGCGUUUCAAGAACAUUUCCCUUAAACUAAAGCAACAAUCGGAGACUUCAAAGAUAUUCAGCAUUCCCAAGGGCAACAUCUUCUAUGGGGAUCUUCUGCAACCGGCCUUGUGGAAAAACGAGGAAGUCCCACUGCGUAAAGUUGAUGUGACUCUUGAAAGUUUCGCUCUAGAAUUUUCUAAUAGUGAACUCAUUUUGGCACUGCGACUGUGGAAUACCGUUAUAUCGUACGAUAGUCAGAUAAUACAAUCGAUUUCGAAACAAGCUUCAAGUCACGAAAAGAAAUUCGUUCGAGUACGGAAUCAAUUUAAGAAACUCAACCUGGAACUUAAGAAACACAGCACAACAAUUAUGUAUCGAGGAAGUCUUAAGCUUUUGCAAUCCUACAUUGUGCGCCCCCAUCUAACCGAUGGACAUACGAAAUAUAAUCUUCUAACAACAACUGGCGGUGGGCAGCGGAAUAAAUGGUUGGAAUGGUACGCCCAGAUGCCAAAUGACUUCGGGAACACGGAUGGUAUUAGGUCGGUGAUAGCAUUGUGGAUAGAGGAGUACAAUUUGCUGAUUGAUGAGAAUCUAGUGGAUUUUCUUGAGUUUAUGGAAACAGAAUCCUUAACAACUCACAAAGCAUUCGUCGAACCUACUCCAGAAACAAGUUCAUCAACUCCACGAGCUGCAGCACCAUUAACAAAACAGUCAUCGAAAAAAUCCUUACAUUCCGAAAGACUACCAUCCCGACGAAUAAGUUACCCUGAAGAAACAAUUCACGUCAGUUCAGAGAGAGACGAAAAAGCCAAUGUCGAAACAAGUAGUAACCAGGAGUUGCGAGAACAAUUUUCCUACAGGAAAAUACUUCCAUUUAUCAAAAGAAUGUUUGUAAGAAUUCAAAUAUCAAAAGGUAAUGUUCGCCUUGCUUCAAGUCCAAACAAAAAUACGCCAAAUAUUGCCAAUUACACAGAAAUCACACUGCCAAAACUUUUAUUUAGUUCAGCUGCAGCUGAGUACAUUGAUCGCUUUAACGUACAAAAUGAAUUUAAAAUGCAAAAUCUAACACCGUCUAAAGACACAUUCCCCUGGACUUGUAGCAUUUCCGACUUUGCCAUUCAAAGUUCAUUGAAUAAUAUCAAUCAAGAAGUUAUACAUCCCAUACAAACAUCCAUUACCAUUGCAAUGACCCAUAGAAAAGAAACCAUGAAGGUUCUUAAAUCCGAACAGCAACAACAACAGAAGCCGGUGGUUGUUGAAGAAUCAAAAGAGGAAAAAACAUCGAAACAAAGUGUAUCGUCUAGUUUGCCAACCGUCGAUAGUGGAUUUACUCCUUUGGUUGAGGAGUUUCAACGCAGGACAACGGCGGGUGGCAGUGUGUCGGCCAAUGGAAGGAGUCAAUCGUCUGAAGAAAAUGGACAGAAUUCCAUUGAAUCGGAGAAAAGGAAAAGUUAUCUAAAAGAAGCUGUAGAGAUUGUCUUCUCCGGCAAACGAAAGUCUCAAACAAAGGACAUCGUUGCGAUAAGUUUGCACAUUGACACUUCACCAAUUCACGUCGAAUUCGGUUCGGAGAGGAUUCAACUUAUAUUGGAUCACAUCUCGUUCCUUUCGAAAGCUUUUGGUUUCUUGAAAAUGCCUCCCAAUCUAACAACUACUCAAGAAAGAGAUGAGAUCCAAAUUGUCACAAAUGCAGAGGAGAAUUCAAACAUCAAACAAUUCCUUGAAAUGGAGACCAAUUCAGAGACUUCAGUAGUGUCAACCGAUAAGUCAGAUAGUAAGUUCGUGGCAUCGAUUCUCCUGCAAUGGACCAUCACUAAAUUCACCGCUGAGUUAGACGCCUCCAAGGCAUCAAAAUGUAAACUCGUUCUCGAUAUGGAAGACCUGAUUUCGUCGGUGGACAAACGGGAAGACUUUACAAAGUUCAGCAGUAAAGUUGGGACUUUGAAUGUGCGAUUCUUUGAGAUGGGCCGAGGAAAUGAGUUCAUUCUGAGCGAUCGGUUGCGAAUUAAAAUGCAAAAUGAUUCCUAUACCCGAUCGCCGCUCUUUAAUAUGAUAAUCACGACUGUGAGUGUGAAGAAUUUCUUUAAGAAAAUAGGAGCCAAACGUAAGGAGUCGUCCGAUGUUUGCCGUGCCAUUUCGGAGGUAAUCGUCAAAAUGGAAGCAAUAGAAAUGAUUAUUGACCUAGACAAAGUAGCUAUCCUUGCCCCAGCCUUAAAAGCACUCACAGGAGGAGGUGAUAGAGUUGCCAAAAGAGUUGAACAAACGCCAACUCCGCCGCCAUCUAGUUCUCCCUGCACAGCAUAUCAAUUGCCAAUGGUGCACUUGGAAAGCAGUGGAUUCACUGUGUACGUUCCAACAGAGAAUUCAAAGCCUUGGUGUUCGGUUGCGAUAUUUAAGGUAUUCGGUAUAAAAAUAUCCCCAAACGCAGAGAACCCCCUACAACGAUGCCCCGUUCGGUCAGAUGUGUUUCAAAAAGCCGCACAAAUGGGAAUUCUCAGCACACCCGGUUCAAUAAUAGAAGACCGACAAUACGAGAUUACUUUGCUAAACAUGUCAGCGGCUACAGGCAAUUGGAACGAAAUCCUCACCCACAUGAAGGAACAUGCCGACAACUUCCACAAUACCAACCCGGCAUUUGAGUGGAACAAUCAGAGUCGAAAAAACUCCCUGGAGCUGGUGAAAAUUUUCAGUAAAUUCACCAUUAUCACCACCUACGCGCCGUGCAUAACCUUCAACAAUGUUCUAGUGUGUGGCCAAGCCAUAGAGUUCAACUGCAUAAAUGAUUUAGUUGCAGAUUUGACCACAGAUCAGUUGAGUCUGUUCAGUUGCAUAGCCUUCAAAAUGCAGAAUAUUAUGAAACCGACACAAAUCAUAUCUACGGGUAAGGUUCCGAAGAAGUCGCGAAAAUCACCAUCGCAGACUUCCUUAAAGGAGCCAGAUUCAAAAACGAAAUUCAAGGACUUUAAAUCCUCGGCUUCUUUUCAGUCCUUGGACACACUCGAUACAAAUCAGCGUUUCCUUGAAGAUUCUUUCGAAAAACCAGUCACUGAUUCUGGAUUCUCUUCGAGCAAAAGAUCGCUGUCGAAGACUCUAAUGAAAGACUCGUCUCUGAGCAGUUUACAAACGGUUCCGCGUUGCAUGCCCCACACAAUAUCGUUUGUGUCGGGAAUAUUCAUAAUAAACUUGUUAAAAUGUUCAAGAACAGAAAAAGACGAUGCUGGAGUUGUUGAAGAACGCCAGCCUCUUUUAUCCAUUAAUCUCAACCAGCCAACCUUUUUGUUCUCACAGUCGAUCUACGAAGUCACCAAGAGGUAUUCACUCUUCAAUUUUUCCUUCACUUUGUAUCAUCUGCCGGAAAAUUGCCCGAAAGAUGAUGACACCAACGAAGACCAAGAUCCAAUUCCAGAAAUUCUCUUCGACACAAAGCGAGGGGAAGUGGGUUCGUCGGGCAUCCCACCGGCACUGUUUGUCCUGAAGUCGCACACCACCAAAUCCAAGAAGCACGAAAUCGAUUUGAAUUUUUCCAAACCCUCAACGAUCCGACUGUCGGAGCUGACCAUCAAACUUUUGACCCAGUACAUGGUUCUGUUCUAUAAGACAAUGCUUGAAAACUCAUGCUUCAAUGCUCCUUCUGAGAAAUUGAUCGUUCGAGCUACAAAAAUUCAAAUGUUGAAAAAUAUGUUCCUCAAAGCUGAUCGUUUCAAUUUGAAGAUCGAUAUGGUUUCGAUGAAGUUCUCCGAGGAUUGCAAAUACAGUAUGAAAGUUAGUUUGGUAGAUUUUAGACUUGCUACAAGAUUUCUCAGCCGGCCGGAAAAAAUGAACACCAAAGGAUCGAUGGGUGGACUUUAUGUGCAAUCGAAUAACAAAAUCAUCAUUCAUCCCAUAGGCGUGAAGUUUAAUUUGGACUUAGUCCAAGAAUCCUGGAAUCGUCUGCCCAUGGCUACGGCAAACAUGAAGUUCAAUGUCAUUCACUGUGAUAUCGGUGCAGAGACAAUAAGCAACUAUUCAGACGUAAUGAGAGCUUAUAAGGCUGGCAUGGAGGCAUCCAAUAGUUUGUGGGAAGAAUUCCUCAAGAGAAGAUGUGGCGAUAGUGUGCAAACGAAUCGCGAACGAUUGCAAAAGAUUAAUCUGCCAGAGAUCGAACAGAAGAAGGAAACUGAACCAAAGGAGGAAUUCUAUCAAGAUGACCUAAGAGCUGGAGCUUUUCAAUUUGUAGAAAUGAUAGCCGAUACUUUUCUGCCGAUGCCCUACCAAAUUCAGAUCAUCAAGAAAAAUUAUGGUAUAAUUUGCUGGCGAUAUCCCCAACCAAGAAAAAUGGCCAAGAUUCAUAUAUUUCCAGUGCCAAUGGCGGUUCCCAAUCCAAUUCGUAUAAAAUGUCGAAUGGAAUAUUUUAGCGAAGCACAUGAAAGUUUCUUGCAUUAUUGUGACUUCUGGCUAUCUGAAACAGUUUCGUUAUCAAUUCAGUUACCUGAGCGAGAGAUCACAGCGAAUAUUUGGAGAGUUGUGAUCCAACAAUCGUUGGUCUCCAUCAAUCGAGAAUGUUUCGAAACGAGUGAAGAGGAUGAGGAACUACGAUCAAUAAUUAGCAUCGGCAUUGAUGAGAUUUUGAAUUCAGCUAAAAAAGAGACCGAUUUUAUUCUACACCCCAAAGUUCUGGUCGGUUGCAUGAGGAUUGAUACAAUAUUUCGACCUUGUACCAUUCCAAAAUUCCAAAUACUGCUUAACUUCAACGAGAUUCAAAUAAACCUACAAAAUCAUCAGAGUCUAGAUUCCAAAUUGCCGGCGCUUUUGAGAAAGUUCAAAAUAUCCGAAAACAGCAAACCAAUCAACCAGACAUUUGCCCGCAUUGGUUUCGAGAAGAUCAGUAUUCAUGCAUCUUUCCAUACGUUGAGUAAUUAUUCAAUACAUUCCGAAUUGACCUUUGGCGUUCAAUGUCUGGACCAUGGCUAUUUGAAUCUUAUCUCGAUGAUCGAACAGACUGAUUUGAGUGCUUACUUUAGAAUAAAUGGAGCUGUAGAAAGUAGCAUUGUGGCAGAUAAGCUCAGUCUGAACCUUGGCCCUUCGAUAUUGCAUAAUUUGAUGUGUGCCAAACAAAAUUGGGAAGCCUACUUUCGGGAGGAGAGUGAACGCCAGACUUUCCUCAUCAGCAAAUUCAUUGUUGCCAAUAGAACGCAUACCAGUCUGAGCUUUGGGCAGAGUGGCACGACCGAACGGAUUCUUUUAAAUCCAAAAGAAUGUUGUAAAUAUUCUUUCAGCAGUGAUUGUUUCGGUCAGGAGUUAACUUUUUAUUUAUUGGUUGGAAAGACUGAACAUUCGAGUAAUCCCUUGGGAGUUACACUUGAAUUUACAGCAUCGGCUGAAAGUAUGGUUAGUCAUGUGCGGAUCGAUGAUAAAUGUUUUGCUGCAAGGAUUCGCAAAUUAUCAGCUACACAGUAUUAUAUUCUAAUUAAAGGACAAAUCGAACUGAUAUCAAUGGUAAAUGAUUCGUUUGUGUUGGACUUCUAUCGAGACAAUAAGAAGACUGAAGAAAAUGAAGUGCGUUUGGAGGGAAGAGAUCGAGUUUCAUUUAUACAGCCAGUUAUGACUGAUAGCAAUAUUUGUAUAAGACUGAAAAUGUAUGGUGAAAAAGGAAAAGGACAAACUGGAAACAUUCCUCUAAAAUCAAAUAAAAGUUAUCCUUGGCUUGUAAAAGUUCCUGUAAUUGGUCUCAAUAAAUAUAUCAGCUAUUGGAUUCGAAUUAUACGCGAAUCUAUCACCGAACUAUCCACAGACACAUUUCAUCCGCAGAAAAUUCUAAUUUGUAUUUGGCCAAUCUUCGAAGUACGUUCAAUGAUGACCUGUCCAAUAGUUGGAUUGGAGAAUUCAACUAACACACAUUUUACCAUUGGACCCCAAGGCGAAAGCUAUGCACUAAGUGUUCCAGCAACCCAUCAAACAGAUCACCGGAUAAGUUUUAUCGAUGAUUUCAAUACUGCCCCGGAAUUCAAUCUAACCCUCAAAGCUAUCGAUUGGAAUAAGUUCUUUUGGUAUGAUGAUAAAAUUUGGACAGUCGAUCAUUCAAUACUCGAGCUGAGUAAACCGGCCCUAAUCAAAUGGCCAAUGAAUGAUGAAGAAGAACUUCGAAUACGUCGGACUUGUGUGAAUAACAAGAACACCUUCCUUCUGUAUAAAUGUUCCCCGAGCAGGGAAUUCUCUUGCACCCUCUGUCUGGAGGUUGCACCUUGGGGAACUUUUAUAAAUGCCACUGGACAAACGAUUUCAGUGCAGAAUUCCAAAUCAAAAAAUUUAAUCGAAAUUGCAUCGAAUGCAAUCGCAAUGUUGCCACUGAUAAAAACCGAAUUCACCUUAGCCAUUCACAAUGGAGAAUCCUGGAUAACAUCGUUGCCAAUCAUCUUCGAUGAAACCGCCGACACAUCGAAAAGAAAAUGCUACCGUCUCAACGAAAACGACUCAUCAGAUAUUGUCAUCCUGAGAGGUGAAGAAGUUUUCAAGUUUUAUCUGACUUUCUGCACGAAAAACGAGCGAAACAUAUUUGUUUUGAAGCCAAAGUAUGUGAUAGCAAAUAUGAGCAAACAACCUCUAGAAGUGUUCCCUUUUUGCUUGGAUCACAAGGAAACCGCUUGCAGAAAGACUAUCGAGGAUCUAACACCAGCUAAAGCAUUAACUGUACCAAUUGAUACAACAUCAGAAUAUAGCAUUGGAAUGUGUCUUGAUGGAUUCUAUGAUCUGAACGUGUACAAAUCUUCAAGAUCGACUGAUUCUGCUUUUGUGUUCUUCGUCUGCAUCAAGACAUCUAGCGAAUCCGAUGUGUCUAUACCAGUGGCGUUAAUGCAUCCAUUCAAUCGAAAAUGUUUCAGUAUCCAGGACAAUGAGUCAUCUAUUCCCUUCUCAGCAUCACUUAUAGAAAAGAAUGGUCAAUACUUUUUGAGUAUUUUCGAAGACACCUCUCCCAUGAUAUUAAUCAACAAUCAAACCGACUUACCCCUAAUUGUUGGACAAACGACAAGUUCCGAAAAUAGUAAAGUCUCAACUACUAUACCUGAAUAUGAUGGUAAACAUUGUGAAUGGUAUCAAAUAUCUAAGCCGCAUUCGCGAAUGUAUUAUACGCCUCCAACAUCGUAUGCAAAUUUUCCUGAUGUUGAAAUAUCAGUGUGUAAUCUAAGCUUAGCUUUGUAUAAUGAAAAAAGCAAAAAGAAAACUAUAAAAUGGUCAAAGUCAAUUGAAACAAAUUCUUCAUUUGAGAAAUUUCUUCAUAUUCCAGCACAUGGUGAUGUUAAAGUGAUCGUUUGUGAUAAACAUCGGAUAAUAAGAGUUUCGAUAUUUUAUAUUGCACAGCAACUUGAGUUCUCCGUUAAAGACUUGCGAUCUCGCCUGCUUACACCACAAUCAACAAAUGACUCUCCCGAAAACACCACCGAAACCAGCGCACAAAAUGUUAUCACCGACACCGACAUUCUUCUGAACGACGAACCUUUGCAACGAAUCAAACCCACGCUAUCAUCACAAUGCAUCCAUCAGACAUGUGAUCCAUCUUCGAUGCCAAAUGCACCGCUAAAAGUUUUAUUCUCGGUCAACGAAAUUAAUGUGAAAAUAUUUGUUGAAUGCAAAAGUGCUGACUACUUGAAAAAGGAAAUAAUUGCCCUUUACAUCGAUGAUUUCAUCCUUUCGUACAAUAACAGCAAACGGAACCUCAAUUUGCAACUAACUAAUCUCCAAAUUGAUAAUCAACUCUUUUCGUCGGGAAAUUAUGACUUCCCAGUGAUUCUUUGCUCACAGGAACUUUAUAAACGAUCAUCGAAUUCGCCAUCGGUGUAUUUCACCAGUCGAUGCCAAGAAAAAGAAGAACGUCCUAGUCCGAUGGUAGAUAUUACGGUUAUUUUCUAUGAUGACGAGCCAAGAGUGUCGUCGGUCAGUUGUCGGUUUAGUCCCAUCCGGGCUUACAUCGAGGACACGUAUUUGAAUGAAGUAUUGGACUAUUUGGUCGAAUGUACACCCUGCAAUGUGGUUUCACAAUCAAGUUCGUCCGAUUUCUAUAUAAAUUUGGCUAAAAAAGAGUUUCUGAUUCCAAUGGACAUUGUUGCCAAGGCUCUGUACAUUUCUGAACCGAUGAAGAUGCAAUAUUUUCGAAUAGAGUCCAUGAACGUGCUGCUUUCGGUGCACACUUGCGUUCGUUUGUACAUAGCCCUCGAUCAUAGUCCAUUGCAGUUCUCCUCCUACGAACGGCAGGAUAUCCUCACACUCCCUCUGCGUUUUGGUCACACAAUUGGAAUGCACUAUCUUUCUGGAGCUCUUUUUGGAGCCGGUUGGGUUGUUGGUUCUUUGGAGAUGCUAGGUAGCCCCAGUGGCCUGGCACGUUCCUUCUCCAUGGGCCUAAAAGACUUCGUUUCGAUGCCAGUGCAGGGCCUUCUAAGAGGACCAUGGGGCUUUGUUGUGGGCGUGACUCAAGGUUCGGCAUCGCUCCUUCGGAAUGUAACAGCAGGAACGCUUAAUUCGGUCAGCAAGCUAGCAGCAUCGGUGUCGAGAAAUCUGGACCGGCUCACUCUCGAUCCUGAACACAUUCAACGAACUGAAGCUUUAAGGAGAUGUCGACCACAGGGAUUCACGGAAGGCUUUACACAGGGAAUAACAGGUCUGGGUAUCAGUAUUUUGGGAGCUGUCGGAGGCAUCGCCAGGCACACUCUAGAAGCUCGCACAACAUCCGAGGUUGUGACAGGAAUGGGUAAGGGGAUUGUUGGUGCUUUUACAAAACCCAUCAGUGGAGCUGCUGAACUGGUGGCCCUCACGGGACAAGGUGUUCUGCAUACUGUGGGUUUCAAUGCAAUGCCCCACCAAAGAUCCCCCUCGGUACCUAGAAACAUCGCCACCCAGAUCUCCGAACAAAAAGUGUGGAAUCUACUUUUGAGUAUUCUGAAAACUGUCCUCGAAAAGGAUCAAAUACUCUUCUAUAACGAAAUCACUUUGGUGGUGAAUGGGAAACUCUGCCCGGGAUCAGUGUUCUUAACAUCGACAAUUUUUGCUCUCCUCGAGACAAAAACCAACAAAUUCUCGUUCAUAAAUCCAUCACAGAGUCUGGAAAUUGCUAUUGAUUCCAAUGACAAGACAUUGCUUCAUGUUUGUGUUAAAAAGGAACGAAAUGAGUUUGAGGAGGGAUCGUCAUAUACAAAUCACCGUAUAAUGUCAUUCCUUCAAACCUCGGGUCAUCAUAUCGGAAUGAGCAUGACUCAAGAAUCAUUUGACGAUAUCUUGAAAAAGGACUCGCGACAAAAUAGCUGUUCUUUCUAUUUAAGUGAAUACUUGGGACAGUAUUUGAUUGAAUAUUUGAAAAUUAUUAAUUUAAAUAAUUCAUAGAACCCAUCCACACACAAUUAAAAUUUAUACCGGUAGUGAUUUAAAUUAUUUUUUUUUAUUUUUUUCUGUUCUUUUCACUUUCUAAAAUAUAUAUAUUUUAUGUACUUGUUGAUGUUUUCUAGACUUUUUGUUGAUUUUGGUAAGGAAUUUUCUAAAUUAUAAACUAAACAUAAAUAAAAAUCCAAUAUUUAGUUAAUA